AUGUCUGAGGCUGUUCCACAAGGUAAUCCACAGACCGCAUUGGCUGUUGCAUCUUUACUAAGACGUAACAAAUUAUUGAAACAAAGAUAUGGUAUCUUUCAAUCACGUACUACAGAUUUUUUUCGUUAUAAAAGAUUCGUGAGAGCGUUGGAAUCUCCACAAUAUAAGAAAAAAUCAUCAAAUCAACCAGAUUUAUACCCAGCUGCUGCUACUGAAGCUGAAGCAAGAUUAAUCUUUAUCACCUUAAUUAAAUCACAAAUCGUUAUCCCAGUGAAAAAAUUACAUUCAGAUGAAUUGAAAGAACACGAUUUAUCCCCAAGCAAAGAUUAUCCUCAUUUAUUACCCUCAAAACAAGCACAACUGACUCCAGAUGAAUAUUACGUUUGGAAUUAUAACCCUAAAUCAUUUUGGGAUUACGCUACCGUAGUAGCUGUAGUAGCAGGUAUUUUGGCUUUGGUAUGUUAUCCUUUAUGGCCAAUGUCUAUGCGUAGAGGGUCUUAUUACGUUUCUUUGGCUGCAUUGGUAUUUCUAGGUGCAUUUUUCGUCAUUGCUAUUCUUAGAUUAAUAUUGUUCUUAGUAUCUUUGAUUUUCGUCUCCGGUGGGAAGAAUCAAGGAUUUUGGAUAUUCCCUAAUUUGUUCGAAGAUUGUGGAAUUCUAGAGAGUUUUAAACCAUUAUAUGGAUUUGGUGAACAAGAUUCUUAUAGUUAUAUUAAGAAACAAAAAAGAUUAAAGAAAAGACAAGCUAAAAAGGCUAAAUCGAAUGAAAAGAAUUGA